AUGGUCGUCUACUACCAGAUCGCCGGCAAGAAGGUCGGCUCCCACGUCCUCUCCAUGGCUGUCCUCGGCUCCAUGUUUGCCGGUUCCUACCUCGCCAUGAGCGGUGGCUCCAAGCCCAAGACCGCCGCCGGUCCCCCCAUCAACGCCUCCUCCAAGGAAGAGGGUGACUUCAUCCAAAAUUUCCUGAAAGAGGUCGACGGCGGCGACAAGAAGUCGGAGAAGCACUAA